GCAUGGAGACAGACACAGAAACGGGCAUGGAGACAGACACAGAAACGGGCAUGGAGACAGACACAGAAACGGGCAUGGAGACAGACACAGAAACGGGCAUGGAGACAGGUGCGGAGGCAGGCAUAGAGACAGGUGCAGAGGCGAGGACGAAAGUACACGAGGUACCUAUAGGGGGUGGUAGAGUAGUCGGAAGGUGGGUAACAGACGGCGAUAAAACCAGGGGAAAUAAAAGCGGUGAAGAUGGGGGGGAUGAAGUCAGGGGUGGUGAAGUGGCUGAAGCAGAGACAGGGGGGCCAGUCGUAGGUGAGACCCGAAGAGGGGACUCUGCAGGUGGUAUUGCAGGCAUGGCCACGGAUGCCAUGGAGGAACGCACCGAGACCAAGGGCGACACAACAUAUGCGGUGGUCACGGAUGCCAUGGAGAAACACACCGAGACCAAGGGCGACACAACGGCUGCGGUGGCCACGGAUGCCACAGAGGAACACAUCGAGACCAAAGGCGACACAACAGCUGUGGGUCGAGUUGCUCCCGCGGAAUCAAUCGUAGAAGCAACCAAGGCCGAUGAGGAAGAGGCUGCGAACCGAAAAGGGGCAGCCAGGGUCACAAACGGCAUGGAAGGGGUUACUAAGACUGAUGAGGACGCAGGUGCGGCAGACRCAGGUAAUGAAGAAGAGGCUGUGAUAGGUGUGACAGGCGCCGAUAAUGAAGAAGGAGCUGUGACAGGCGUAGUCCGAGGACAGUGUGUAGAUACCCGAGAAAGCGGGUGAUGAAUAGACCAUCGAAGCAUGCUGCGGAACCAGYUGGAGAGGCGGGUCACAUGCGCAGGGUACCUGUGUUGACGUUUACGAAUAUAGGAAGUCCAUCCUUUCGCAAGCGUUGAUGGAGAGUGCCCGCGAAAAAGC